AUGGAUCACUCCAGAGAUCCCUGCCCCUGGGUUGCUCUUAGCGACUUCGGUGGUGCUUUCUGUAUGGGUGCAAUUGGUGGUGCUGUCUGGCACGGUGUGAAGGGUUUCAGAAACAGCCCCUACGGAGAGCGUCGGAUAGGUGCCAUCACAGCCAUCAAGGCUCGUGCGCCGGUUCUCGGUGGUAACUUCGGUGUUUGGGGUGGUAUGUUCUCGACGUUCGACUGUGCGAUCAAGGGUAUCAGAAAGAAGGAGGAUCCUUACAAUGCUAUCAUUGCUGGUUUCUUCACUGGUGGUGCUUUGGCCGUUCGUGGUGGUGUCAAGGCUGCCAGAAACUCCGCUAUUAUGUGCGCUGUCUUCCUGGCUGUCAUUGAGGGUGUCGGUAUCGGUUUCCAGAGAAUGAUGGCCGACAACACAAAACUAGAGCUUCCUCCUGCCCCUCCGUCCGGCGACAAGGCCGUCGCUUAA